UGGCGGCAGCAGAAGCAACGAGCAGCGGGGAAACAGCAGGCGGACAGCGGUGGGAACAGCUGGAGCGGCAGGGGCGGUGCGGUGAGAGGAGCGUCAAACCAGCUUGAGAGCAACAGCGAGACCGGAAGCAAGUUUUAUGAGAAGGUGGCCAGAGUGAUGAACUCAGACCAGGAAAGGCCGUUUGUGUGCAACGCUCCUGGCUGCUCUCAGCGAUUUCCCACCGAGGACCAUCUGAUGAUACACCGACACAAACAUGAGAUGACCCUAAAGUUCCCAUCUAUAAAGAACGAUAACAUGCUAUCAGACCAGACGCCUACACCAACACGCUUCCUGAAGAACUGUGAGGAGGUGGGACUGUUCAGUGAACUGGACUGCUCCAUUGAGCAGGAGUUUUGCAAAGCGCAGGAAGAGGAGGACAGUAAACAGAACAUCACACUGCACGGCCAGGCAGGCCAAGGCCAGCACCAGCAUUCCCACUCACGAAUGGGCAACCAUGAUGCCAGCAUCGUGAUCCAGCAAGCCUUGCCCUCCCCUCAGUCCAGCUCUGUCAUCACUCAGGCUCCAUCCACAAACAGACAGAUAGGGCCUGUCCCGGGCUCUCUGUCCUCACUGCUGCACCUACGAAACAGACAGAGACAGCCUCUGCCUGCCUCCAUGCCUGGAACUCUGCCAGACCCCACCAUGCCCGGCUCAUCGGCUGUACUGAUGCCUAUGGAGAGACAGAUGUCCAUGGGCUCCAAUAUGAUGGGUAUGCAGGGUCCCACCCACAGCAGCUCCUGCUCUUCCACUCACAUUCCCUCCAUGCACUCAGAAGCCAAACUGAGGCUGAAGGCUGCACUUUCACACCACCCGGGCUCCAUCGCCAACGGCAAUAUGAACUCCAUGGGCCAUAUGAUGGAGAUGAUGACAUCACGGCAGGAGCAAGGCGCCCACCAUCACAUGCACUCGCACCCGCACCAGCACCUGCAAGCCCCUCCUCAUGCGUACCAGCACCACGGCGGCCAUCAGCACCACCACGGCCAGGCGCACGGCCAGAGUGGACACCAUCACCCGCAGGGACACAACCCCCAUCACAACUCCCACAAUCCCCACCUCCAUCCCGGGCACCCACACCAGACCUCACCGCACCCUCCGAUGCACUCUUCUUCACAUAUGUCACCGGCAACCCAGCAGAUGCAGCCAACGCAGACAAUGCAGUCUCCACCUCCAAGUGGAGGACGGCGCAGGCGAGUGGUGGACGAGGACCCGGAUGAACGCCGGCGGAAGUUCCUUGAGCGAAACAGAGCGGCAGCAACAAGAUGCAGACAGAAGAGAAAAGUUUGGGUGAUGUCGUUAGAGAAGAAAGCAGAAGAGCUCACUCAGACCAACAUGCAGCUUCAGAAUGAAGUGACGAUGCUAAAGAACGAGGUGACCCAGCUGAAGCAGCUUCUCCUCACACAUAAGGAUUGUCCCAUCACCACUAUGCAGAAAGAAUCCCAGGGUUACCUCAGUCCAGAGAGCAGUCCCGCAGGCAGUCCGACUCCAGCGUGCUCCCAGCAGCAGGUCAUUCAGCACAACACCAUCACCACCUCCACCACGACUGUAGGGGGCAGCAGUGUGCAUGGGCAGGCCAACCACCGCACAGACAUUAACCCUAUCCACUAGGAACAAGAGAGACUGUAACGCCCCCCUAAAACAACCCUUGCCCUGCUCUCCCUCCAUCAAGAAAAACCUCAAAGGCCUGUGUGGCUGCUGUAGAUACAGCAGCUGCAUUGUGUAUUUUUAUAGACCAACCCUAUUAACGCAUACAUGUUCUUUUUUUAUCAGUUUUUAUUUGCGCUCCUAGAGGAAAGGGGGGUUUUGCUAAUCACAUGCAUCAUUUAAGUGACUUUUCCUGUUCUUUAAAGGUACAGAGUUCUGACUCUUAGACUGUCAUCUCAUCACUUUAUGCCUGAUGGACUGAAAUCAUUCCCUGAAUAUUAUGUGGACAGUAUGAGCGUGUGCAAAAGACUUUGAAUAGUAUGUUGCUGCCUUUAAUCUGUUUAAACCAGGUCUAAGUGUCGCCAUGAUGUCUUGAAGACAGGAAUAUGCAAGCAGGUGUAAAGAUCCUUUACUACCCUAGAAAUGACUGUUAACCUUUUAUCCCGUCAUUCUUUGAGUGUUAUUAAGUACAGCAUGACAGAGAAAACAUGAUCAAAUGGAAGCAAUACAUCACAGUAUCGAUCAUCUUCAAUACACUGCAGUAUUGAUUAUCUUCUCUUCUGUAUGUCCAUGUUAUGAUCAGCAUGGCUGAGCCGCUCUGGUCUUGAGGACAUAAGAUGCUGAUACAGAUGUGUACACUGUGAUACCACUGAGGCAGCUGCAGGGGUUUGAAACAAUCUCCUCUGCUCUCCAGGACCAACUGAAGCUUUAAUUAUUGGCACAUCUCUUUUUGUGUGUUUGUGCUUCUUGAUUCAAAAUUUCUGAUUCAAAUCCCAAGCUUCAGAUUGUACGUGCACUACAAAAACUCAAAUCUGAGCAUGUGUAUUUGUCUCAUUCCUUGUCAGAAAUAUCUUAUUGCACUUAUUUCAAGCCAUGAUUUCCUGUCCUUGGCUCAAUAACCAUACAAAGAUAUUUUUGAGAAGAAAUUUGACUAAUAAUCUUGCUAAGAAAUGUUGAUUUUUUGCAGUGUCUGAACAGUUUUAAGAGUACAUGUGAAUCAUUAGGGGUUUUUUUGUCUUCUUCACUCUGCAGAACAAAGCUUAGCGCCUGUGUGAAGACAGAAAAUCAAAGGAAAAAGUCAAUAGAAAAAUGUAUUAUUUCCUAAAACUGGCAAAGUGUUAAAGGAUUUCCAGAGGAGCAGUCUAUGUGUGUGCUUUCCAAAACGUCACAAUGUGCCUAAAUCUUUCUUAAAAUCAUUUAUUGGCUUACUAUGGUACAGAAGCUCUAAAGGCACAUAACUUGCAUACAUUUUAUUUUUGUGUGUUUCCUUGACAUCUGGACUUGUUUAUGUCAUUUCCUUGUGACAACAAAGUUAAUGUGAUUUCUUGAUUUCUCAAGAAAACAAGCUAAAUUUACUAACCAUUUCAUGAAAACUGUAGGUAAUGUGUGGAUUUAUGUUCCUUUAAAGGCUUUUGUACUAUAGACAGCAAGCAUCUUUUUUUUCUUUAAUCACUCAAAGCUGUUUUAUUCUCAGAGUAUUAUUGAUGUUUCUUUCUUAUCGGUUUGUCUGCUGUAUGUAUGGGCCAAAUAAGCUGACAGAGAAAAAUACCCAUUUUCCAUUUGGCCUUUUGACCUCUCCAUCAAUUUCUCUUCCUCAGGCCUUCUCUGCAGUUCAGACUGGUGAUGGAUGCACUGAUAGCGAUAAUGGCCUCACUUUUUUCUUCCAUGAAAAACCUCCUGCCUUCUCACCUUAACCAAAAACCUCCUCUUACCCCCCUGACCAGGAAUGUUAAAUCAUGACUCGUUAGCAUGAUGACCAUGAUGCACUGUGUUUUACAGCAGGAUGGAUGAAAUACAUUCCACUGAGAGGUGGAGCGAUCGCAGAGCUGUCUAUGCACUUUGUCCUCUGCCUACCAGAGGGAAGAAUAGCCAUAUUAAAGUCCCUGUAAAUCUCAGUGAUCUCCCCCUUUUUUCAAACACCAGCGAGAAACUUUGACUGUUUGGCUUUAUGAAAAGAUACGAAGGGAACCUUGAGGUUGUUUUCUAGGAUAAGGACCCUGAAUAUCAAGUUUGCCCUGUAUUAUUAUGGAAAUGUUUUGUAAGAUGAAGGAUGCUCACAUGAUUUUAAAAUCUCAUCUCUUCCUAAAGGGGUUCUUUCCUUCUUUGUAUCAUUUUUUAACCUCAGAGUAAGUGUUUGGUUUGAAAUGAUUCAGAUGAGACUGAAAAAUCAGUUCUCUCAAAAAGGGCUUUGUCGUUCCCACCCUUUAACUUUAAGCUAGCCUUGUUUUAGUUCAUCGUUGUUGAUUGUACAACCAUUCCAAAUUAACCUGCUGCAUGUGAAAUAAUGAUCUCAUAUACUUUUAACUGGAAUCAUAUCAAUAUUUCCUCUUUUUUAGUGCAAGAGAGAUUAAUAUCUGACAGUAGAUCUAGGUUCAGAAGACUUUUUUUAUUGCAGAAAUCAACAACAGAAACAAGUGGAGGUGCAGUGUGUGAGUGUGUCUGUGUGGAUUUGUGAGAGGUGGAGAAGAAGCUCCUACGCAUUGAUGUUAUAACUGUAUAAUUUUAAAUCUAAAAACCUAUAAAUAUUGUACAUAAUGUCAUUAAUUUCUGUAACCCUGUACAUGUAAUGAAACCACCUUUCUUUAUGAAGGGAGUCAACGUGUGGUACAUGUGUGUAAAUAAUGUUCGCAUAGCACUUGUUGCCUUUUUGUUGUACGUCGAGGCUCAUUUCAGCGCUUAAACACAUUGUUUAUAUGUAAUGAACUGAUGAAUCCCUUUUUUGCCUGCAUAACUUUGUACAUUUUUGUGUUUGUUAUGGCAUUAUCUCCUUUUUUGUUUAGUUUUGCAUUUGUACAGAUGUUAAAGUAUCACUGCAGUUACAUUACGGUAUGAA